AUGUCCGACGAAGAGCACCACUUCGAAGCUGCAGCCGACGCCGGAGCCUCCAAAACCUAUCCUCAGCAGGCCGGUACCAUUCGCAAGAACGGUUACAUCGUCAUCAAAGGCAGGCCAUGCAAGGUUGUUGAAGUUUCUACUUCAAAAACAGGGAAGCAUGGGCAUGCAAAGUGUCACUUUGUUGCCAUUGAUAUCUUCAAUGGGAAAAAGCUUGAAGAUAUUGUUCCUUCAUCUCACAAUUGUGAUGUUCCUCAUGUGAACCGUACCGACUAUCAGCUGAUUGAUAUAUCUGAGGAUGGUUUUGUGAGUCUGUUGACUGAUAACGGAAGUACCAAGGAUGAUUUGAAACUUCCCACUGAUGAUGCACUCCUUACACAGAUUAAAGAUGGAUUUGCUGAAGGAAAAGAUCUUGUGGUUUCUGUCAUGUCUGCAAUGGGAGAAGAGCAGAUAUGUUCUUUGAAGGACAUUGGUCCUAAGUAG